AGAUCAGGACUCACUUAUCGCUCUUUUUAAAUUAUAGACUUGAGGUCCAUAGACUCAUUUUUCUCCAAAAUAAGGGCAAAACUCAAAAGAGUCUCUCACCAUUUUUGCUAGUUUUGGUGGUCUACUGAAGCUGCUAUAUCCAAGUCUCUCUAGCAGGCAAAAGAACACAAUGGACUGGCCUUAUGUGCAUAAAAUCUGGGAAAGAUCAAUUUCGACCAAUGUUGGUUCAGGUCAACCAUUGAAGGCUGCUUUGCUUUUAAAUUACGAUCCUAAUGGCCCUUCUCGUCUCAUGUCUACUAUUGCAGAGCAAGAGGGUAUAAAGGCAGAUCCAACUGAAAUGUGUGAACUUGUCAGUUUUGUCAAGAGAAACAAACUGCAGACAGAGAUCUUUGUCAUUGGACAGAAUCAAUAUCUUGUAACAUCAAUUCAUGAGAGUUGGUUCUGUGCAAGAAGCAUGAACACUUCAAAACCUUCUGGUGAAGGUGCUAUUCUGAUGCACACGGGAGCAUUUCUCUUAAUUGGAUU